AUGAAUAAAGAUAGCAUCUUCAAAAAGAACUAAACAGAACGAACAUAUUUGAGAGAAAACAAUAAAAUAAAAUUAUUUUUGGAUAAAAUUUUUAAUAUUAUAAAAAAUACUAUUAAAUAUAAAUAGGUUAUAGAAAGAGAGCUGAGCUAAAUAAAUUAUGUUAAUAUUAGUCUCCAAAAGAAUAUAGGGAAAACAAAAAAAAUGUUCCAAGCAGAGUUUUUAAAACAAGGAAGAUUCCAUUAAGUUUUUAAAAAGUUUGAAACCUAUAUUCAAAAGUCUAAUUUAACUAAUUUGUCAUUCAUCUUCAAAAAGAUGCAUUUUCAAAAAUUUUAAAAAGAUAAUCUGAUAACCAAAAGAAUAUAGGAAUAGAAAUCAAUUAAUAAGUGCCUGAAUAUAUUUUAUUACUCGAUAUUUCAAAUCCUAACAGAAAUUUUUAACAAUUCUAAAGUCUAUAUUCAUCAAGCCAGAUAUAUCAAUUCUUUUUCCAAUUAACAAAUAAAUAAAUAAUUUACUUUGAUUUUUAUAGGAAUAAAAUAUUUUAUUAAGCUCAUAGGAAUAAAUAAUAUAUAAAAUUAAUUCUCUCUUUUUUAAAGUUUUGAAGCCAUUAUAAUAAUUUAAAAAUUUAAGUGCCUGAAUGAUAAAUAAAAGUUUGAAGCCAUUUAAUAUUUAAAAAAAAAUAACAGUUUAAAAUUAACUAAAAAAUAAAAAUAAAAUAAAUGA